AUGGGAAAGUGGAGAUAUGGUGUAGUCCUGGACGCUGGGUCCUCUGGGACGCGCGUCUACAUUUACCGAUGGCUCAACACCAACGCCGCCCGCAACAAGGCUACCGACGCACAGUUGCACAGUUUGCCAGUCAUAGAGACCGACAAAAAAUGGACCAAGAAGAUCCAUCCGGGUAUCUCGACAUUUGGCGAAAACCCUCACCAAGUCGGCCCGGAACACCUCGACAAACUCCUCAGUCAUGCCCUCAAGCACGUGCCCCUCGACCAAGUCUCCAAUACACCCCUCUUCCUGCUGGCGACGGCCGGCAUGCGCAUCCUGCCCGAGCGGCAACGGAAAGAAGUCCUUGACCAGGUUUGCCAGUUUGCGCGGAGCACCACCCAGUUCCAACUGCCCGAUUGCGAUGUACAUGUGCAGGUCAUACCGGGCGAGACUGAGGGUCUCUACGGCUGGAUAGCGGCAAAUUAUCUGCUCGGCGGCUUCGACAAUCCAAAGGACCACCAACACGGCAACGGCCACAGCACGUAUGGUUUUCUCGACAUGGGAGGUGCAUCUGCGCAGAUUGCUUUUGCACCCAAUGCUACCGAAGCUGAGAAGCACUCGAACGAUUUGACUCUUUUGCGAUUACGGACACUGGAUGGUACACCACUGGAGCACAAAGUUUUUGUCACUACAUGGCUGGGAUUUGGCGUCAACCAAGCGCGCGAGCGAUACAUAAAGGCCUUGUUGGAGUCCAGCACAGAGAAAGAGCUACCAGAUCCUUGCUUGCCCGAGGGUCUUACGGUGGAGGUUACAAAAGACGGCAAGCUGAUUGAUUCUGACGAUGACGACGACGACCCGAAACCCAAGGCGGCAGCGGAACUCGUGGGGACUGGCAAGUUUUCUGAGUGUCUACAUCGAACGUACCCGUUACUGGAAAAAGAGAAGGAAUGCACAGAUUCCCCGUGCUUGAUCAAUGGCCAACACGUACCUGCUAUCGACUUCAACGUCAACCACUUCGUCGGCGUUUCGGAAUACUGGCACACGACGCACGAAAUCUUUGAGCAUGGACACAAGAACAAGGCAUACGACUUGAAGACGUACCAGGAGCGUGUCACCCAGCACAGCACGACACAACGACACAACGCCUUGUAG